CGCCGCUGCACGGUCCAAGAUCAAGGAUAUGAGCUCGGAGGUGGUGGACAGCAAUCCCUACAGCAGGCUCAUGGCGCUGCAGCGUAUGGGGAUCGUGGACAACUACGAGCGCAUCCGUGAUUACUCCAUCGCCAUCGUUUGUUAGUUUUGGACAGACUUAUAUGUGACCCUACCUUCUGAAGGACACACACUAGGCCUCUAAACCUGCCGUGAAAGAGUGGUUCAAUCGAGUUAUUUCUAGGAGCUUUCAGAAUUACCCCUUUCAGAGCUUCCAGAAUUACCCCUUUCAGUCUUACAAACAUAUGGUAUGGUUAGACAAUGUUGUCAGGUUCUCGGUUCUCUCACUAAUACCUGAUUAAAUGGGCAAGACCGAUGAUGGUUUGUUUGGCUUCUUGAAUUGUCAUUUCUGCACCAAAGUCAAAUUUUGUCACAUGCCUGUUAGAUGUGUAUUAGAUAGGUUGUAUUUAUGGUUUUAUGUCUUUUGGCUUUCCAUGUUCCUGUCUUUUGGUUUUCCUUGUAUCUGUUUAUAUAUUUGGGCUAUUGCCCUCUGGUGAAUACAAGUCGUGUUCAUAACAUGGUAUCAGAGCAGGUUUAGACUUCUCGUCUUCUUAUAAUUUUCUCUCUCGACUUCUCCAUGAUUUUCUUUGAGGAUUAUCGGCCUCUUCAUCUUGAAGCCAUGAUGUUCCUCUUGAUCUAGUAUGGUGUCGCUGAGAAUCGUUCAUCUCUGCUCCCCAACGUCGUCAAUUUCUUCAGAACAGUGUAGAGGGCUGGUGGUUGUCCUCAUCACCGGCUGUCAUCGCUUCUUGUCGCCGACCGCCGUCGCCCCUCGUCGUGGCCUCCGGCCGCCGUCGGAACCCGUCGCUGCUAGUCGCGGGCCUCCGGAACCCGUCGCUGCUCGUCGCUGGCCUCCGGCUGGCGCCGCUCGUCACGGGCCUCCGGCCGCCGUCGCCCCUCGUUGUAGGCCUCCGGACGUCGUCGACCCUGGUCGCGGGCGCCUCCGCCUGGGUUGUAGGGCGCCGUCGCCUGGGUCGCUCGGUGUCUGUUUCCCCGAUCCGGAUCUGGAUCGGGAGGUAUAAAAAAACGAAAAAAAAAGAAGAAAAGAAAAAGGCUUCUCUGGCUCUGCUACUGUUGUGCUCUGAUCGCACGUGGUGGCUCUAUAUUUUGGGCUGAGGCAUUAAAAAAAAAAAACUUGCUGCCGCUUGUUCUGUUUGCUCUCUCGCCGUCGCUUCUUCCUUCUUGAUGAUGUCGUCUUUAUCCGGCACUGUGUCUGUUCCUCGUUGCCCAGUUCUUUUUGAUGGUGUCAACUAUAGUCAUUGGGCUCAGCACAUGCGUCUUCAUAUGCGUGGUCAGCGUCUUUGGGAUGUUUUAUCUGGUGAGCUACCUUUUCCUCCUUGCCCUAUUGCUCCAACUAUGCCUUCACUUGCAAGUCAAGCUACUGAUGACGAUAGAGCAAAGGCUAAAGAGCAGUUUGAUGAUGCCAUGGAAAAUUAUCAGAGUCAGUUUGCUUUAUACAAGGCUUGGUUGGAUGAGGAUGCUCGAGCUUCUGCUAUUCUUGUAGCUAGUAUGGAGAUUCAUCUUACUGGUGAGGUGGUUACUCUUACUUCAGCUCAUCUCAUGUGGACACACCUACGUGAUCGUUAUGCUCCUACUAGUGAUGCUCUUUACCUUGCUAUGGUGCGUCAGGAGCAGUCCUUGCAACAGGGGGAUAGUACGGUGGAUGAGUUCUAUACACAGUUAUCCUCUAUUUGGCGUCAGCUUGAUUCUUUGGGACCGGCUAUUUGUCAUACCUGUCAGUGCUGUCAGCGUCAGCGUUCUCACAUGGAUCUUCGUCGGAUCUACGAUUUUUUCACACGCCUCCGAUCCGAGUAUGAGUCCACUCGUGCACAGUUACUUGCUCGACAUCCGCGUGUUACUAUCAUGGAAGCUCUUACGGAGAUUCGUUCUGAGGACAUUCGUCUUCGAGAGUUGUGCCAUCUGGUAGGGGUCACCUUCACUUCACCUAUUAUGAUAAAGAUGGACAUGUGGAGUCAUUUUGCUUCAGGAAGAAGGAUUUACGUCGUGGCAAUUCUUCGAAGGGUACUAGUGGUUCUUCUCAGAAGAGUGCUGGAGGUUCAGAUUCACAGGAAAUUCUUAUGUUACUUCGUCGCCUUACUGCUUCUGCUGCGACAGGUUCUGUUGGUUCUGUGGCUCUACCUUCUGCACAGUUUGGUUCUGCUGUUCUUGGUUCUUCAUCUUCUACUGAGGGACCAUCUUCUGCUCCAGGAUCGUCACACGGGUCUCCUGGUUGGUACUGGCCCUCGCCGCCGUGAUUCUCAGCGUCUUUGGGACCUUGACUGGCUUCGUCUUCCUUUCGCUGCGCCUGCUAGUCUUCUUGCUUCCGCUGCUUCCUCUAUGGUGUCUUUUGCUCAGUGGCAUCAUAGGUUGGGACAUCUUUGUGGUUCUCGUCUGUCGGCUUUAGUUCGUCGUGGUCUUUUAGGGUCUGUGUUAGGUGAUGUCUCUUUAGAUCAAUGUCAAGGUUGUAAGCUUGGAAAGCAAAUACAACUUCCCUAUCAUUCUAGUGAGUCUGUAUCUAAGCGUCCUUUUGAUCUUGUUCAUUCUGAUGUGUGGGGCCCAGCUCCUUUUGUUUCCAAAGGAGGUCAUCGCUAUUAUAUCAUAUUUAUAGAUGACUUUUCUCGUCAUACUUGGAUUUACUUCAUGACUCAUCGCUCCGAAGUUUUGGCUAUUUAUAAAUCUUUUGCUCGCAUAAUUCGCACUCACUUUGAUUCUCCCAUCCGCGUGUUUCGUGCUGAUUCCGCUGGUGAGUACCUUUCUAUAGAGUUGCGCGUUUUUCUUUCCGAGCAGGGUACUCUUUCUCAGUUUUCUUGUCCGGGUGCUCAUGCUCAGAAUGGUGUAGCGGAACGUAAACAUCGUCAUCUUCUUGAGACUGCUCGUGCUCUUAUGAUUGCUUCUUCUGUUCCUCCUCAUUUUUGGGCUGAGGCUGUUUCCACUGCUAAUUACUUGACCAACAUCCACCCUUCUUCUGCUCUACAGGGUGGGAUUCCUAUUGAGCAUCUUUGUGGUCAGCCUCCUGAUUAUUCUAAUCUGCGUCUUUUCGGUUGUGCUUGCUAUGUGCUUCUUGCACCACGUGAGCGUACAAAGUUGACGGCUCAGUCUGUUGAGUGCGUUUUUCUGGGGUAUAGUGCUGAACAUAAGGGUUAUUGUUGUUGGGAUCCUGUAGGACGGCGGAUGCGGAUUUCUCGGGAUGUUACUUUUGAUGAGUCUCGUCCUUUCUUUUCGCGUCCUAGCUCCACAUCAUCUCCCGAUGACUCUUCUAUUUCUCACUUUUCCUGAUACUCCUGUUCGUGCUUGCAUUCCUUCUCCUGUCUCUUCCUCUCAGCUGGCACCUUCUUAUGAGAAUUCUGCAUCCUCUUAUGUGCCUCCUCUUACCCAGGUUUAUAGUCGUAAACCUCGUGUCCAGUAGCUUUCUCUGGAUGCUUCUCCGGUUGCUCCUCCUCGAUACAAUUUUCGUGAUCGUAAUUUAGUUACGAUUCGUUCAGAGGAUCGCUAUGGUUAUGUUGCUACAGUUCUUGCUGAACCUCGUUCUUAUCGUGAUGCUGUUGUCCAUCAGGAAUGGCAACAUGCGAUGGCAGAGGAGCUUGCUGCACUUGAGCGUACUGGUACUUGGGAUCUUGUUCCCUUACCUUCUCAUGCUUGUCCCAUCACUUGUAAGUGGAUCUAUAAGGUCAAGACUCGCUUUGAUGGAACUCUUGAACGCUAUAAGGCUCGCCUUGUGGCGCGUGGUUUCCAACAAGAACAUGGUCGUGACUAUGAUGAAACUUUUGCUCCUGUGGCUCACAUGACUACUGUUUGAACACUUCUUGCAAUAGCUUCUGCUCAUCAUUGGAAUAUAUCGCAACUUGAUGUCAAGAAUGCUUUUCUCAAUGGGGAAUUGCAUGAAGAGGUUUACAUGCGGCCACCUCAAGGCUAUUCAGUUCCAGAGGGUAUGGU